GAGAGUCUCCACUUUUCCAAAAGCAGCUUUGAAACCCAAACAAAAGAAAACAAAAAAGCAGACGACUUUGACUUGACAAAUCAAAACAGAACACUGGCUCAAACUCAGUGCCCUUGUUAUGAUCAGGUGAGUGAGGAUGUGCAGGGUGCAAGCAAGCAACCAUUGUUGCUUAGUCAACAGCAAACCCAGCAAUCCAGCUUCCUUCAUCCAUCACUAAUAAUAAUAAUUUAAUUAAUUCUCCGCCCCCAGGAAAAAACAAAAAAAAAAACAAAAACACGAUCACCAGUGAUGUUGCCAGCUGCAGCUGUGCGUGUCCUGCUCCCAGUGUCAGCGUCUGUGAUUUACGUAAUUUAUAGGUAUUUGAGAUCAGGACGGCAAAUAGAGAGCUCUCCAAAUACCAGUAACAAUGACGUCGUUCCACCCCCAAAUUCCGGUAACAGCGACGUCGUUCCCUAUCCUGAACUGUCUGAUCGCGAUCGUACCAUCCUUGAAGAGAUUCUGAACAACGACGUCCUCCUCGAUAAGAUUCGGGCAAUCGAGCCCGCCUUCCUUGAUGGGCUUCGGAAAAUCAAGCCCGCCGUCCUCCGUGAGAUGGUGUUCGACUCUGCUGAAUUGGAUCCUGUUAUCGUUGAUACGAUUUGUAAAUUGUCUUUGAAAGGAGGAAAGGAGGAAGGCGAAGAAAACGAAAAUGGAAUUGUAAACGAGACGAAGAGCGAAGAGAGGGAUGAGGAAAGAAGCAGAAGCCGUCAUUUCUCAGUGAGGUCUGGAGCUCGAGACUGUUGGUGUUAUCUCGAGACUGGGACUUGUAAGUUUGGGCCCAAUUGCAGGUUUAAUCACCCUUGCAUAACAACGAAAAACAAUCAGAAUUCCUUCAGGUCAGGAGGACGACGUCCAAAUCUCUACACUACCCCAAAUCCCGGUAAUGACAACGUCUUUCCCCCAAAUCCCGGUGACCCUGACCACGAAAAUGGAAAUGGAAACAAGACACAGAGCGAAGAGAGGGAUAAGGAAAGAAGCAGAAUUCAUCAUUACCCGGUGAGGUUUGAAGCUGGAGACUGUUGGUCUUAUCUAAAGACUGGGACUUGUAAUUUUGGGCCCAGUUGCAAGUUCAAUCAUCCUUGUAGAAGGAAAAACAGGAAAAACAAUCAGAAUUACUUCAGAUCAGGAGGAUUUAAACCCGGAAAUGCUUUUUCUUUCAACCCCAGAAGAGGGGAACCUUCUGUGGCUCCAGUUCAAAAACUUAACUUUAUGGACCUGCCAAUUCGUCCGGGGGAGAAAGAAUGUCCUUACUAUAUGAAAAAUGGCUCCUGCAAGUCUGCAACUAACUGCACGUUUAAUCACCCUGAUCCUACCACUAUAGGAGAAUCUGGUCCCCCAUGCGGAUACAUUGAUGGCGGACCUGCACCAGUACAAGGUGCAUCGUCAUCAACAGCAUGGGAUUCCCUUUGUGUGCCAAUGAUUCCGCCAUCUCAAGGGAUUCCUUCCCAAAAUACAGAAUGGAAUGGUUCUCAGGAUCCAGAAUAUCUACCAGAGAGAAGCAUACCUGCACCUCCACCAUAUGUUAUGAACAAGGCUGUGACUGAAACCAACAUCUAUGAACCAAAUCCACAGCAGAAGCAAGUGGAAGAAUUCCCAGAACGACCUGGGCAGCCUAUUUGCAAUUACUUCUUAAGAAAAGGGGAUUGCAAGCAUAGAUCUAAUUGCAAAUAUCACCAUCCAAAAAACCAGACCGCGGUGUCCCCUUCAUGUGCACUGAGUGGCAAGGGCCUGCCUUUGAGACCAGGUGAGAACAUUUGCACACAAUACAGUAGCUAUGGCAUUUGCAAUUCUGGGCCAGCUUGUAAAUUUGACCAUCCGUCAUUAUCAACUUUCCUUCUGUGACUCGGCGACUACAAAUGGGGCAGGAACAUCUGGGAGUAGAAGUGAACUGAUGCUACAAUUCAGCCGCAGCCUGUGUAAUAAGUUUUGCCUGAAAUAGCUGCUGGAGCACAGGAUUCGCAUCACCAAGGACGUGUAAUCUCUUUUUGUUAGUCUUAUAAAUGUAUCAAACUUUUUCUCCCAGCUGCCACCUUUCACUUCUGUUAUGGAUGACUUUGAUUACAAUAGAAAUGUGUA